GUUUCCGGGGCGGGCCGCGAAACCCGGAAGUGACCACUGAACUCCGCCGCGGCUCCACGGUCUGAGUUCUCAGCGGUUGCUUUUUCUUGCUCGUUAGCCACCGCCGCCGCGCCGCCAUGGGGAAGCGACAGCACCAGAAGGACAAGAUGUAUAUUACCUGUGCUGAAUACACUCACUUUUAUGGUGGCAAGAAACCAGAUCUCCCACAAACAAAUUUCCGUCGUUUACCUUUUGACCACUGCAGUCUCUCUCUGCAGCCUUUUGUCUACCCAGUCUGCACUCCUGAUGGCGUCGUCUUUGACUUGCUGAACAUUGUUCCAUGGCUUAAGAAGUACGGGACCAACCCCAGCAAUGGAGAGAAGCUGGACGGGAGGUCCCUGAUCAAGCUGAACUUUGCCAAGAACAGUGAGGGGAAGUACCACUGCCCAGUGUUGUUCACCGUGUUCACCAAUAACACCCACAUUGUGGCUGUGAGGACAACCGGCAAUGUCUACGCCUACGAGGCAGUGGAACAGCUAAAUAUCAAGGCCAAGAAUUUCCGGGACCUGCUGAGCGAUGAGCCCUUCUCCCGGCAGGACAUCAUCACCCUCCAGGAUCCCACCAACCUGGACAAGUUCAAUGUCUCUAACUUCUAUCAUGUUAAGAAUAACAUGAAAAUAAUAGACCCAGAUGAGGAGAAGGCCAAACAGGACCCAUCUUAUUAUCUGAAAAACACAAAUGCUGAGACCCGAGAGACCCUGCAGGAGCUCUAUAAGGAAUUCAAAGGGGAUGAGAUUCUGGCAGCCACCAUGAAGGUCCCGGAGAAGAAGAAAGUGGACAAGCUGAAUGCUGCCCACUAUUCCACAGGGAAGGUCAGCGCUUCCUUCACCUCCACUGCGAUGGUUCCAGAGACCACACACGAAGCAGCUGCCAUUGACGAGGAUGUGCUCCGCUACCAGUUUGUGAGGAAGAAGGGCUAUGUGCGGCUCCACACCAACAGGGGCGAUCUCAACCUGGAGCUGCACUGCGACCUGACACCAAAAACCUGCGAAAACUUCAUCAGGCUUUGCAAAAAGCAUUAUUAUGAUGGCACCAUCUUCCACAGAUCCAUCCGGAACUUUGUGAUCCAAGGGGGCGACCCCACAGGCACAGGCACAGGCGGGGAGUCAUACUGGGGGAAGCCCUUCCAAGAUGAGUUCCGGCCCAACCUCUCGCACACAGGCCGGGGCAUCCUCAGCAUGGCCAACUCAGGGCCCAACAGCAACAAGUCUCAAUUCUUCAUCACAUUUCGCUCCUGUGCCUACCUAGACAAGAAGCACACCAUCUUUGGACGGGUUGUUGGGGGCUUUGACGUACUGACAACCAUGGAGAAUGUGGAGAGUGACCCCAAAACUGACCGCCCUAAGGAGGAGAUCCGAAUCGACACCACUACAGUGUUUGUGGACCCGUACGAGGAGGCUGAUGCCCAGAUCGCCCAGGAGCGGAAGACGCAGCUUGAGACUGCCCCGGAGACCAAAGUGAAGAGCAGCCAGCCUCAGGCAGGGAGCCAGGGCCCCCAGACCUUCCGCCAGGGCGUGGGCAAGUACAUCAAUCCAGCAGUCACGAAGCGAGCGGCAGAGGAAGAGCCCUCAACCAGUGCUACUGUCCCCACUUCCAAGAAGAAGCCCAGUCGGGGUUUUGGGGACUUCAGCUCCUGGUAGCAGCAGGCUGUUCGAUGACUGCUGGAGGCCUCUCUGCCCCUUGUCACCCUGCUGCACAUCAGCCCCUGGCCUUUCAUCGUGCUGAGAACAAGGACUACAACCCGGCUCACUCCUUCGCCUCUCCAGCCGCUCACCCCUGCCUGUGACUGGCUCUAAAGUGACUUGACACCCUCCAUGCCUCCCACCAGGCAUUGCCCUCAGUGAGGCCUGGUCCAGCCUGGCAGUAACUCGCUUGUAAGAGGCUCAGACACCAAGCUGGGCCUGCACAGGAGAGAUGCAGUAGGACACCUGUAGGCCUCUGAGCCAGUGUCCGAGGUAUGUGGGGGGCGGGGGGAAGGGGGCAGGGAGCUGGGGGUGAAGGCCUGAACAGGGAGGGAGAAGGAGGUUUGGAAGGACCCUGACCCCCUGGCUGGCCCUGACUCUAUUCUCUGGCCACACUCAAAUCCCCCUGAUGGUGGGGGCAGAGGUAUGACCAGGCUGCCCUUGGCUCCAGAGCUCCAAGACCCCACGACAGCCCUCUGCUCUCGGUGGUGCCACAGAGAGCUUGAGCUCAGCCUUCUGGAUCAGGUCAUGGCCUCAUCCACAGAGGGCACAAUUUAAACAUUUGACAUCAGAAGCUUUAUUCGUAAACCUCACACAGAUACGGACCAAGGGCUGGCAGUGUGGCCAGAGGACAGAGGAGGCUGAAGGCCCCACGCUUGGGCACGGCAGUUUUGCUCCGUGAAGCUGCCGUGGGUGACCUUCCAGCUUCACCAGCGGUCUGCACAGUGCAGGAAGGGCUUCAGGGCUGUCUGCCCCUGGGGCAGAGGAUAGGCCUCCAAGCACCUUUGGGCAAGUGAGGGUUUACAUUUCUGUAGUUUGUUUUAGAGCUUAAUUUGUAGUUUUCUAGAUAUUAAAACCACUCGGAUUUUUGGGAAGAUUCUUACUUCUGAUUCUGUUAUCUGACAGAUACCAUAAAGAAUAAGCAUUAAGGUAUAAAAAUACUGUGUAUAAAACAACACUAAACCACAUUCCUAAAGCAAAUGCAGUGUGCCAGACAUACUAGUGUUUCAUUUAAAUCCAUUUAUAACCCUGACAUCACCUCCCUGUUCUCAAGGAAGAUUUUAAAAUAAUUUAAAUAAAAGUCCCAGAUGCUAUUGUUUAGGAAUUUAAGAGGGUGGUGGAUAUGGUCUUAUGAAUAGCACUUCCCCUGAAGCCAGCUCAUGGUCAGUUCAUUUGGUUUAAAAAGGAGCUUGUAUUUUGCAGAAGACCAACAAAAAAAGUGAUAAAAGUUUUGUUGGUAUAAAUUACAAAAGAAAAAAAAAAGUCAUAAGACUACCAGUAAAAAAUGUUCAGUCAGUGCCAUCACAAAGGACAAUACAAAAACCAAAGUGCUCAAACAGAAGGAGCAGUAAACUUGCCCAAAACAUAGAAAAGCUUUAAAUAGAAUUUUAGUAUAUACAAAAAUCGGUCAGAAGAGUUUUAGAAGAUUCUUCAAUUUAAGUGAAGCAUCUUGAGUCACUCAGGACCUUGCUGUCCUCACAAUGGCACAAGCCCCCCAACUGUUUGCCUAGUCCCCGAGGUAUCUGAGGCUGGGUUCCCACGUGGGAAAGGAAUGAAGACUCGAAGGGAAGGAUCAGUUUAAGCUAAGUUUUCAGUGAACUCCUUCCUCCAGCUGGGAAGGUGUCUUUCAGCCUCUUCACAGUCUCAAAACCAUUGACUGAAGCCACAGGUGUUGCUAACGUCAUGUGCCAGCUCAUGGGUGGAGCCUCUUCAAGGCUUGAGACCAUGGCAGUGAGAGCCCGGCAGCCUGCAGUGACUCCCAGGUUCUGGGUGACUGCACGCGAGCUCAGGAGGAUGGGGAUGUGCUGGGCCAGCCUAAACACGCGGGGGAGGCUAGCGCAGGGAGAAAGCUGCUUGCAGGGCCACAGCAGGAUGUGGAGGCUUACGAGACAGUACAAGGAUUACCUUCCUAAAUGGAAGAUGUGCUUUAAAGGAACUGCCUCUCGCUCCUGCUGAGCUGACACAUCUCAGUGCCGUGCCCACCAGGGCAGUGGCAUUUCCCACAUUCCAAGGCUUUGAGGCUUGGGCAAAGAGAUAGUACCCAAAGGCAUGCUCUAUGUGGGCAAUGAACUUGAGUGGGCACAGUUCAAUGCCUGCCCGGGCCACAGGUCUGGGUUUAGGAGGGGCUGCAGUUGGGGGAGGUGAAGCUGGGCAGGAGGUUCUUGUCUACCAGCUCACACUCUUGCCCUAGACUAGCUUUGUCUGAAGGCAGCUUCAGAGCCACUUGCCAGGUUGAGAAAUAUCCAGGCUCAGUGCUCUCCUAGCUGCUGCUCCUCUGCCUCCCCCAGCCCCCUGCCUGCCCUCUGCUCUGAGACAAGUUACUAAAUAUUGAAAACCAAACUUAUCUGGGAGUGGCUUUUGGCCUCCAUCCUCUGCAAGGUGGCCUAAACCCUUUAUGGGGUGCCCACUCCCGGUGGAGGGCAGGUGGGUAGAUGGACUGGAAUUUAUAAUAAAAUAUGUGGCAGAAACACAGGCCUUAGUAGAUUCCACAGGCCCCUCUAUCAGUUCAUGUGACAUGGGACAGCACCAGGCAGGGAGGGGCGAUGCGUCCAGCAGGCCAGCCGUCUGCAUGCACAAAGGCCAAACUUCUCAUUUUAACCUUUUCUGAGCGAAUUUUAAAACAUUCUAGCAAAUCUCAAGUUUUGAAGUUUUUCCUGUGGGUUCUGGACUCUUUCAUAUGCAAAAAUAAUUCUUUUUCUUCAAGUACAUCCAGGGUAGAAAAUUAAAUGUGACUUUUACUCGGUCCAGUGGGUUAAUUUAACGACAUGGACCAGCCACUGAGUAACUGCCUGCUACCUAAGCUGCUUCACCGCUGAGGGCACAACCCCCGGUACCAGACCCUGUGAGGCUGUCCCCUCAGUAACAGUACCUCUGGAGGCCCCUGGGACAGCGUUCUCUAAGAACUAGCUCACCUGCUUUCUAGAUAAGGAAUCUAUUGGCAUAAAUAAACAAGAUGUUCCACUAGACAC